AUGACAAAGGGGCUCCUGGUAACCUAUGCCCUGUGGGCUGUAGGGGGCCCUGCUGGGCUCCACCACCUGUACCUGGGAAGGGACAGCCAUGCCCUGCUCUGGAUGCUCACCCUGGGGGGUGGUGGGCUGGGAUGGCUCUGGGAGUUCUGGAAGCUCCCCAGUUUUGUAGCUCAAGCCAACAGAGCCCAGGGGAAGAGGCAGAGCCGAGGAGGGGGGACACCCCCUUUGAGUCCCAUUCGCUUUUCUGCCCAGAUGAUAGUGGGCAUCUAUUUUGGCCUUGUGGCUCUGAUUAGCCUAUCUUCCAUGGCUAACUUCUAUAUUGUGGGCCUCCCACUGGCAGUUGGCUUAGGGGUCUUACUGGUGGCUGUUAUUGGUGACCAGACCUCAGACUUUAAGAACACUCUAGGGGUGGCAUUUCUUACUUCCCCUAUUUUCUAUGGCCGCCCCAUAGCUAUCCUGCCGAUUAGUUUGGCUGCCAGCAUCACAGCCCAGAAGCAUCGCCGCUACAAAGCUUCAGUGGAGUUGGAGACGCUCAGUGUGCGGCUCUACCGGCUGGGCCUGGCUUACCUGGCUUUCACAGGCCCGCUGGCAUACAGCGCCCUUUGCAACACAGCUGCCACCCUUAACUAUGUCGCAGAAACCCUGGGCUCCUUCUUGAAUUGGUUCAGCUUCUUCCCCCUUCUUGGACGCCUCAUGGAGUCUGUCCUCCUUCUGCCUUACUGGAUCUGGAGGCUACUGGUGGGAGAGCCUGGCUUCAACAGCAGCUACUUCCAGGAGUGGGAGAAGCUCUAUGAGUUUGUUCACAGUUUUCAAGAUGAGAAGCGUCAGCUGGCUUACCAGGUUUUGGGCCUCUCAGAAGGGGCAACAAAUGAAGAAAUACAUCGGAGUUACCGGGAGCUGGUGAAAGUCUGGCACCCUGACCACAACCUGCACCAGACAGAGGAGGCACAGAGGCACUUCCUGGAGAUCCAGGCUGCAUAUGAAGUCUUGAGUCAGCCCAGAAAGCCCAAGGGAUCCUAG